AUAAUCGUUAAGACGUAGGUAUUCUCCCCUGCAUGGUGUUAGCAUCAGAAAAGUGGUUGAACGCUGUUCGUUGUACGCUCACUUCUCAGCGUACUAGAGCGACUUACUUCCAACAACCAAAGCGAUUUCCACCGGCGUUUAUCAGAAGGUUUUUUCUUCGAUAUCCACAGUCACCAUUAUACAUAGUCUUUGCUCUGCUUUCUUCAGCAAUGCUGGGACCAUCUAUACACUCAAUUUACCUAUACUUGACGCUUACGCCUGAAGAAUUUGAGAAAUAUCGGUUUGAGCGAAAUGCUGUGGUCCGAGAGAGACAAAAAUACGGAAAAUAUCUUUGGAUUCCGUUCUAUUCAUCAGGAGAAAUGCCUAAGGAAGAAAUGCCCAGCAGAGAGUCACCGUAAUUGUAGUCGCAACCGAUGCUAUCUAGAUAAUUCUUCUCUCAUUAUUGUUAUGUUCACAGCCUUGUAGUUUGACAAUUGUUAGAGUAUCUGACGAAUUGUUCAGGGAUCAGAAUGUGUUUCAAGCUGAGAUCAUUUAAAAUGUUUUGUACUAUCUGUUCUUUCCUUGAGUUUAAAAACUCUUGUCAUGUAUGGAUCAAUAUGCUCAGAUGAAUUUGAAAUCGAUAGCUC